AUGGCGUCUAUUACAUCCGCUGGCGAAGCCGUGGCCAGAAUCGCCUACCUGGCCAGCGACCUCGUUCUCUCUGUCCAGCCAUCUCUCCGGACGGAUUCCCUGUUCUCCAAGUCCCUCAAGGCUUUAAAAUCAACCAAGACAGCUAGUGUAGUGUCUAGGGACUCCCCUGAAGUGCAACCUGUGCGCUUCAACGAAGACCCUCUCCUCUCUGCUUUCUACCCUCUCCAGAAAGGCGAGACUGUUUCAGUUGUUACUGGAUCCUCUAUUUUGAUCUCAUCUGUCCCUCACCUGUACCGCCUUGCUAGCUACCCGGUCGUCAUUCAUGUCGCUCUGGAAUCCUCCCCAUCACCGGACUACUCCGUGAUCAGCUCCAUUCGCCAAUGCGGCUUUACAUUCCUGCACUCCGAGACCGUGCAAGAGGCUCAGGACAUUGCUCUUACUGCUCAUGCUCUGGCUAUCAAGUCUGGAAAGGGUGUUAUUCACUUCUUCGAUCCUGCCAACUCCGCCAAGGACUCUCCUAUUUCUGUCGAGGACCGCGAAGUUGUACGAAAGGUUCUUAACCUAAGUGGAAGCAUUGCUUCUCACAGUGCCACCGGAGAGCAGAAUUUAUAUGCUGACUCCGGCCGCGUGGCUACUGUUUCCGCUGAGGCAGUUGGUACUGCUCCUGCCCAGGGUGAAGUUUCCUCCAGCUUGCCCGCAGCCUCUCAGACUCAGACCCCAUCAAACGUGAGCGUCGACAACUCUUCUGUUGGCUCAUCAAGACGUGAGAGCAGUGCUGGAAGUGAAGCUCCCAGCUCCACUGCUACUACUGUUGAGAAUGCUAGCGUUCGCCCUGUCAACGCUGCCGAUAUCUUUGAGUGGACAGCUCAGAUCUGGGAUGCUAUCUCCCAAGAAGUCGGCCGCAGCUACAGUGCCAUUGAAUACACUGGCCCUGCGGAUGCUAAGUCUGCCAUCUUUGCCUUUGGAUCUACUGGAGUUUUCGUGGAUGCUUUGUCCAACGUUGGUGCUAACGCCGAUCUGGAGAAUGUUGGUCUCAUUACCGCCCGCGUCUACCGCCCAUGGGUUGGUAGCCAGAUUGUGAACUCCAUUCCCACUUCUGUCGAGAAAAUCGCCGUUCUCGAGCAGGUUCGCAAGACCACCAAGUGGGGACCUUCAUUCAUGGAUUUGCUUUCCAGCUUGACCCCCUCUACUGUUCGCGGACAGGAGUUGAAGAUUGUUGGAUACCGCCUGGGAUACGUGGAGCCCUCCACCGCUGUCCAGGCCCUGCGUGGAAUCGUUCAGAACCUCAAUGCUCCCUCCCCUAUCCAGAACCUGGAUAUUGGAAGCUCCAAGGCCCCUGCCCCUCAAUCUACUCUCGAGCAGCCCCGCAUUGAGAACGCCUACGUCAAGAUUUUGAACCAACUCUUCGGAGAGAGUCUCUACAUUGCCAACCAAAUUGAUGCCAAGGAUGCUGGUAUCUCCUCCACCAUUGCCGCUAGCCCUGAAUAUGGAUUUGGUUCUUUGAUCGCUCGCAAGGAGCACCGCACUCGCUUUAUUAAGGAAGUCGAGGAAGCCUCCAAGUCUACCACCUUCGCCACAGAUACCCCUAAGACUUGGUUGUCUCGCUGGGCUUUGAGCGCCAAUGAAAGCGCUAAGGCUAACAAAAUUGCCCCCGAUGUUAUUGCUCGCCUGGCGAACGAUGGCUCUAAGCUUUCUCGUGAGCUCUUGCAGUCUAAGAAGCUGUUCUACGACGAGUCUCAGUGGCUCAUUGGUUCCGAUGCCUGGGCUUACGAUCUUGGAAACUCCGGUGUUCACCAUGUUCUCGCCUCUGGCGCUAAUGUCAACAUGCUGAUCAUUGACUCGCAACCAUACUCUGAACGCACCGCUGCGGACCCCACUCGCCGCAAGAAGGACAUUGGUCUCUACGCCAUGAACUUCGGCAAUGCUUACGUCGCCUCUACUGCCGUGUACAGCUCAUACACUCAGGUACUGCAGGCUAUGGCUGAGGCUGAGCAGUUCAAGGGUCCCUCCGUCGUUGUUGCUUACCUCCCCUACAACAAGGAAGAUGAUUCCGCUCUCACUGUUCUCCAGGAGACCAAGAAGGCCGUUGAGCUUGGCUACUGGCCCCUCUACCGCUGGAACCCUGCCAACGAGGAGAAGGGUGAGCCCAAGUUCGCUCUGGACUCAGAGCGUAUCAAGCGUGAGCUAGAGGAGUUCCUUCGCCGGGACAACCAGCUUACACAGCUCAUGAACCGCCAGCCCAAGUACUCAGCUGUUCUCUCUGAGUCUUACGGCACCGAGGUCCGGGCUCUGCAGAAGCGCAAGGCUAAGGAUUCAUAUGAGAAGCUCUUGGACGGUCUCUUCGGUGCUCCUCUCACCAUUCUGUUUGCUUCUGAUGGUGGCAAUGCCCAGAACAUUGCUAAGCGUCUUGGCAACCGUGGUCGUGCCCGUGGUCUGAAGACUAUGGUCAUUGCUAUGGAUGAGUACCCCGUCGAGGAUCUGCCCACCGAGGAGAACGUUGUGUUCAUCACUAGUACUGCUGGCCAGGGUGAAUUCCCUGUUAAUGGUCGUUCUCUGUGGGAGCAUGUCAAGAACUCUGGUGACCUGGAUCUUUCCGCCAUCAACUACUCCGUCUUUGGUCUGGGUGACAGCCACUACUGGCCGCGCAAGGAGGACCGUAUCUACUACAACAAGCCUGCCAAGGACCUCGACGCCCGCGUUGCUUUCCUGGGUGGCCGCAAGCUUAUUGAUACUGGUCUGGGUGACGACCAGGACCCUGAUGCUUACCAGACUGGUUACUCUGAGUGGGAACCACGCCUGUGGCAGGCAUUGGGUGUUGACAAGGUCGAGGGCCUGCCCGAGGAGCCUGCUCCUAUGACCAACGAGGAUAUCAAGAUCCAAUCCAACUACCUUCGUGGUACCAUUGCCGAGGGUCUUUUGGAUGAGUCCACCGGCGCUAUUUCUGCCAGUGAUCAGCAGCUCACCAAGUUCCACGGUACCUACAUGCAGGACGAUCGCGAUGUUCGUGAUGAGCGCAAGGCUCAAGGUCUUGAGCCCGCCUACAGCUUCAUGAUUCGUUGCCGUCUCCCCGGUGGUGUCGCUACUCCUAAGCAGUGGCUGCAGAUGGAUGCCAUCAGUAGCUCGCACGGUAAUGAGACCAUGAAGCUCACUACCCGUCAGACCUUCCAGUUCCACGGUGUUAUCAAGCGCAAGCUUCGUGGUGCCAUGCAGGCUAUUAACCAGUCUUUGAUGGAUACUAUUGCUGCCUGCGGUGACGUUAACCGAAACGUCAUGUGUAGUUCCCUUCCCGAACUCUCUGAGUUCCACCGUGAGACUUGGGUUUGGUCCAAGAAGAUCAGUGAACAUCUCCUCCCAUCUACUACCGCCUACCACGAGAUUUGGCUCAAGGACGAUGCCGACAACAAGAUCCAGGUUGCUGGAGAUGCUGUCGUCGACCACGAGCCCCUUUACGGCCCUACCUACCUCCCCCGAAAGUUCAAGAUCACAAUCGCCAUCCCCCCUCACAACGACACUGACGUCUAUGCCCACGAUAUUGGUUUGAUCGCCAUUAAGGGUGCCGACGGACACCUGGAGGGUUUCAACGUUUUGGCCGGUGGUGGUAUGGGUUCGACCCACAACAACACUAAGACCUACCCCCAGGUUGGUCGCAUGUUCGGUUUCGUCCCUAAGGACCAGGUCCACAUCGCUUGUGAGAAGAUCAUGCUUGUGCAACGUGACCACGGUGACCGCAAGAACCGUAAGCACGCCCGUAUGAAGUACACCAUUGACGAUAUGGGUGUGGAGGGCUUCAAGGCCAAGGUCGAGGAGUUGAUGCCCGAGGGUCUGCGCUUUGCCGAGCCCCGUGCCUUCAAGUUUGCCUCUAACGUCGAUAUCUUCGGCUGGCUGAAGGACGAGAAGGGUCUCAACCACUUCACCUUCUUCAUUGAGAACGGUCGUAUCGAGGAUACCUCUGACUUCAAGAUGCGCACUGGUCUCCGUGAGAUCGCCUCUCUCGGCAAGGGAGAGUUCCGUCUUACCGGUAACCAGCACUUGAUCAUGUCCAACAUUACUGAUGAGGACCUGCCUCUCAUUAAGGAGACUAUGGCCAAGUACAAGCUUGACAACACAGCCUUCUCUGGACUGCGUCUGUCUUCUUCAGCCUGUGUUGCUUUCCCCACUUGUGGUUUGGCUAUGGCUGAGUCCGAGCGUUACCUGCCCGUCCUCAUCUCCAAGCUCGAGGAUACCCUCGAGGAGAACGGUCUGGCCCGGGAUAGCAUUGUCAUGCGUAUGACUGGUUGCCCCAACGGUUGUGCUCGCCCAUGGCUUGCUGAGGUUGCCUUUGUUGGUAAGGCCUACGGUGCUUACAACAUGUACCUGGGUGGUGGUUACCACGGUCAGCGUCUGAACAAGCGCUACCGUUCCUCUAUCAAGGAGGAUGAGAUUCUCGACAUCAUGAAGGAUCUCCUCAAGCGCUACUCUAAGGAGCGUAACACCGACGGCGAGACUCCUGAACGUUUCGGUGACUGGUGUAUCCGUGCCGGUGUCAUCAAGGCCACCACUGAUGGAACCAACUUCCACGAGGGUGUCGCCGAAGAUGAGGAAGAAGAGGAGUAA